ACUACUACUUAGUUGUAAGUAAAUAGAUAGAGAAAUAAAGGGUGGAAAAAAUAAGUGAUGGCAUCUUCUUCAAUCAGCUUAACCUAUGGAAACUUCUUCAGUAGAUUGAACUGUAAUAAGCAACCAAUUUUACCAAAUUAUAUCAAGAAUUCCCAUAUAACAGCUUUUUUCUCCACCCAAAAUGGCCACCAUUUGAGGCUUAAGCAACACCUUCCCAUAGCAGCAGCUUCUGAUGGCCUUCCCUCUGAGAUUACUGAUGAAGAAUCUAAGUUUGUUUCUGUAAAUCCUGAAUAUCCAAAAUAUGGUCCACCUGCUUUGUUGUUGCUGGGAUUUGAAGUGGACGAGGCAGCAAAGAUACAGCAACUUCUGAAGGAGAUGGGUGGUGAAUUCCUUCAGGUCAUUUUUUGUACCGAAGACAUGAUUUCUCGCUCACUUUGGGAAGCAAUAAAUACGAAACAGCCCAAUUUGGAUGCUUCAAAGAUAGCUAAACAGCUUCCACGAAUUUGCUUCCUGUCUGGCCUUAUGGGAGAGGAGAUGAUGAUGUUUAUUGACGCAUUCGAAGAAAGUGAUAUGUGCCAUGUCGAAAAUACUAGCUCCAUUGGCCUCUGGUCAUACUCCUGUUUCUGCACAGGGCUUGAGGAUCCCGUCUUUGCUGCUCUAGUUGAAAACAGCGCCGACAAGCCAUUACAAGAGUUAAUUGAUGAGAUUAUGGGAGAUCAUGAACUACUUUCUGCAAGAAAUUCGAGCUAGACGACAGGUCUGGCCGCCGAGGGAAAAAGUUCUACAAAUUUGGUUUUAUCUGUAGUCCGUGGACGAUUUUGAUUUUACUUAAGUUGUCGAAUGUUAACAUUCAUUAAGGGCAAUUCGGGUUCUUUUAAUUACAUCUGUCUGUGAUAGGAAGGAGUCAGGCUUAAGUUUGUAUGGUUUUUCAUUUAAAACCCAUAUUAAGUUUCGAAUUAUUUUAUGUGAGAUAGAAUGUGGUAUAAGAAUUCACGUGUUAGAGAUGCGUGGUAAAAGUAUUUUAAAGACAAAAAUGCCUGCAAAGUAAGUAAA